GUUUUCGUUGAGAGUUGCCAUUUGCACAAUUUUGCCAUCUAUUGAGUAAUUUUUUUAGUAAAUGACAACUGAUUUGGCGCCAAGUUAAUGAUCAGAAAAGCAAAUUGUUUCACUGCCGCGACUAAAACUAGAAAAUCUUAAGCUUUUUUAAAAAUUACAAAUUUGCUGACCCAAUCAAGGAAAUUCAUAAUAACAAAGUGGUAUGAGCGAAUCAGUUAAAUGGAUUGGACCGUACAAUCCCAACGAGAGUUGUCCGCAGUUGCUCCGGGAAGAUGUGCUUUUUUACGCCAAAUGUAUCGUUGGUCCGUUGACGUUAUGUGUGGGUGACUAUGUGUUAGUCUCGAACGCUGACGCUCGCGAGCCAGAUACCGUGGAAGGUUGUGACAUUGCAAAGAUUUUGCAUAUGUACGAGUUGCGAGAAAUAUCUAAUCGCGAUCCUUAUCGUGCCAUCGUUCAAUGGUAUUCAAGGCCGCAGUCCAUUCCUGCUAAACAUUUCGAUGACGAUGACAUAUGCCUAGACUUUGAAAAAGAAUUAAUAGAAGAACAUCGUCCUUAUGAUCCGGACAUAUCGCUCGAAACCAUAUUUCGUAAAUGUAGCGUUUUGUAUGGCACAGUCGACUGCUUUGCUACAGACCUGUUGGAAAGCUCUAACACAAAGAAGACGUCUUGCCCAACUUUCGUAUGUCGUUAUAAGUUUAGUAAAAUUAAAAAUAAAUAUCAUUUGCUGCCUUUGGAGUUUGGGAAUGUUGGAAGUAUAGAAUCAGGACGCAGCACACGUGCAUCUAGAAGAAAACAAACUGAUAGCAAAAGUGCUUCCGCUAAGAAGAUACGGCGUUCUACUGUGACAUCAGAAAAUGCGCGGCUGCAUCCAGCGUCAGCAGUCGUCCAUCCGAAGGACUGCAAUUAUUUUAAGAGUCAGAAAGUAUCUCCUAUUAAAAUUGUGGAAAGACGUAGGGUGGUAUCUGCAACAAUAGCGGAUAUAGCCAAUAGUGGAUUGUGGACAAAUCGUAACACAAGUACAAUAAAAGCCUCACCUCUAUCAGAACAAAAUAUAAAAGUAACUCCAGCCAUAAAAGCUUUAAAAGCACGCCGUAAUCUUAAUUCGAGUUUAGAGCAUGCGGCCAACGAUACAGCCGACUCAGAUUGUUUGAAUUAUUCCAUAAUCAAAGAUACACCAGAUACGCAAAAAACACCAAGUGAGAUGAAAAUAAAGCUAAGGGUAUCUGAAAGACAUCGUUUAAUUUCUCUGGAGAAAGAUCCGUUGGCGUUAGAAAAUAACACGAAAGAAUUUAUUGAUUUUGUUGAAGCUCGUACCGAUCUUCAUGAGACGCCUACUAAAAAGUUAAGAGAAAGUGCUACUCAGACACCAGUACAUAAACGUAAAAGUAUAUUAAAAUCGGCAACUAAGCGUGUUGGCACUCCAAAACGCAACAUACAUAUGUCUAAUAUUGUGGAAGAGAUGAUAUUCGAUAAACAAGACGUUCUUUCCACACCAAAACUGAAAUCUAAAAGGUCUUUGGCUUUCGGAAAAGAGAAGGAUAUAGAAAAAAUUCUACUGGAAGUCACUCCCAAGAAACCAGUAGAGGAAACACCCAAGCGCGUGCAGCGUUCAAACUCAAAAUACGUUAAAGAUUCUGAAACUCCCAAAACACCUAGCCAAAAAUUGAAAAUGAUAAGGUCUGGAGAAUUAACGCCAUCAUUUAAAGAACGUGAAGGUAUUGAGCACAGUAAAUUAUCGAAAAAUGAUUUACAACUGGCUCGAGAACGUUUACAUGUCUCCGUUGUACCACUGAGUUUGCCUUGCCGGGAAAAAGAAUUUGAAAAUAUUUAUACAUUCUUAGAAGGCAAAAUUAACGAUAAAUGCGGUGGUUGUAUGUACAUCUCUGGAGUACCGGGUACAGGCAAAACAGCCACCGUCACUGGCGUUAUAAGGGCUUUGCAGAAACAAGUACAGGAAGACAUGUUACCUGCCUUUGAUUAUUUGGAGAUUAAUGGCAUGCGUUUAACAGAACCACGUCAAGCUUACGUUCACAUCUACCGUCAGCUGACUGGCAAAACAGUAGCUUGGGAACAUGCUCACGCUUUAUUAGAGAAACGCUUUAUGACAGCUGCACCACGUAGGAUUACGACAGUUUUGAUUGUGGAUGAAUUGGAUAUAUUAUGUAACCGACGUCAGGAUGUAGUUUACAAUCUGUUGGACUGGCCAGCAAAAACAGCUGCAUGUUUAGUUGUGGUAACAAUAGCCAAUACGAUGGACUUGCCUGAACGCGUACUAAUGGGCAAAGUAACUUCUAGGUUGGGUUUGACACGGCUCACUUUUCAACCCUACACCCACAAGCAAUUACAAGAAAUUGUUACGGGGCGUUUAGGUGGGUCAGAGGCUUUCAAGGGCGAAGCCAUACAACUGGUAGCGAGAAAAGUAGCUGCCGUCUCAGGAGACGCCCGGCGUGCUUUAGAUAUCUGCCGUCGUGCCACUGAAAUAGCAGAUUCUUCAAAAGGUAAAGAAAUAUGUGUGAAUAUAUUGCAUGUCCAACAAGCCCUGUCGGAAAUGAUAGCCAGCGCUAAAGUGCAGGCCAUUAAAAGAUGUUCUCGCCUGGAACAAAUUCUAUUGCAAGCCAUAGCUGCGGAAGUUACACGCACCGGCGUAGAGGAAACGUAUUUUAUGGGAGUUUAUACGCAAUUUGAAAGCAUUGCUAAUUUUGUGGGAGGAAUCUUGGUACCAAACACAGGACAAGUUUUACGUUUAUGUUCUAAAUUGGGCGCAGAGCGAUUGAUUAUUUGCGAGCAUACGCGUAAUGAUAUAUUCCAAAAAAUUUUAUUAAACGUCAGCACGGACGAUAUACACUACGCUUUAAGGGUAACACCGGAGGCAACGCAAUAAAUUACUACAUUUUUAUAAAUCUUUUAUUUAAAUAAUUUAAA